GGAGGUGGAGCUCAGAGUUUUAUCACGGAACACCAGAGAGAGAGAGAGAGAGAGAGAGAGAGAGAGAGAAUUGAGUGAUUUCGAAUCCAUUUCGCUUCUCUCCCGUCCAAUUCUUUGACAUUUGCAAAGAACGAUCGGUAAAAUCACCCUUCGUUCCUGUUCUUCUGUUUCACUUCAAGAUUCGAAGGAGCCUCUUCUGGAAGACCCAUGUCGUAGUGAUUAGUUCCUGGAAGCAAACCUGGAACUGUGAUUCUAUUUCUUUGAGAUUGAGAAAUGAUUAGUUUCAGACGAAUUUAAUUGAAUGGUUUGGCUUUUUGAUACUAGUAUUUGCAGUCAUAAGAAGGAAUAGGACACUUUCCAGGCCUGGAUUGGCUCGCUGUAGCUAUUUUUUGUCAGCCUACUGUCUCAGAAACUUAUCAUUUGUCCUCAACUUUCACAAUGUGGAAUUUCACGUCCAGUUGCGUUGCUGGAAAUGCUGGGUUGGAAAAUGACUCUCAAAAACCAGGUCAUGAUAUUUCUGAAUGCUCAGACGAUGAGGCUUCUUCAGAUACCAGUAGAGAGGAAGGACUAGAGUGCCCAAUAUGCUGGGAGUCCUUCAACAUUGUUGAAAAUGUACCCUAUGUUUUAUGGUGUGGUCAUACCAUGUGCAAAAAUUGCAUACUAGGCCUGCGGUGGGCUGUUGUAAAAUUUCCAACUCUCCCAAUUCAGCUCCCUCUUUUUAUUUCCUGCCCGUGGUGCAAUGCCUUGUCCUUUCGUUUGGUAUACAAGGGAAACCUCAAGUUUCCUCGCAAGAACUUUUUCUUGCUCUGGAUGGUUGAGAGCAUGAAUGAUGAUAGGGUGAAGCCGCCUCCUGCCCGCACUGGGGAUCAACCUGUCUUGCCAUUAAAUAGCAAUUUAGCCAUAAGAAAUCAAGCAAGCAACAGUAACCUCAGGAGACAACAGUUCAUUCAUCAUCAUGAGCAGUCAGGUUCUAUUGAGGAUCACAGUCACGGCCAUGUCAAUAACUAUCAUGCUGUGGAGAGAUUGCAAUCUUCCCUUCGAAAGUCAUUGGUUUUCUUUGUUCAUUUGACUGCCAAAUUCCCCUUGGUUAUCGUCUUUCUUUUGAUAAUCUUAUAUGCAAUACCUGCCAGUGCAGCCAUUUUGGCCCUAUACAUGCUUGUCACGGUUUUCUUUGCUCUCCCUUCAUUUCUCAUAUUGUACUUUGCCUAUCCUAGUUUGGAUUGGCUUGUGAGAGAGAUAAUCACUUAGUUUCUGCUGGGUUCUUGUUUUAUAAACCUUUUGAAUAGAAGUUUGCACAAUACAAAAAACCACUUCUUUCCAUCUGAAUCCCUUCAAUGAUGUAAUUUGAGGACCUCCCAUUUUCCAGGGCUGUUUGAAUUGCCGGCAACGGUAUCAGAUUCGGGCAUUUGACAGUUGGUGGCAGCCAAGGUACUAAAGCAGAAGCUAAGUAGUUACAUAAGCUAAAUAGUCUUAUAUUGUGUAUUAAGUAGAGAGCUCUAGUGCUCAUGCUAAAAAACACUAAAAGUGAUAGCUGUAAUGAAGUGAUCUUGUUGUACAGCUUAAGUUGUGCUUGUGCAAACCUGAUGUUCAGUAUGUCUAUCAUCUAUAUCUCGGUUCUCUC